UCAUGGAGCCGGUCGCGCUGUCCCCGUGGGCGCGGCUGAGCUACGCCGUGGGCCACUUCCUCAACGACCUGUGCGCGUCCAUGUGGUUCACGUACCUGCUGCUCUACCUGGACUCGGUGCGCGCCUACAGCUCGCGCGGCGCGGGGCUGCUGCUGCUGCUGGGCCAGGUGGCCGACGGGCUGUGCACGACCCUCGUGGGCUUCGAGGCGGACCGCGCCGCCGGCCGCUGCGCUCGCUACGGCCCGCGCAAGGCCUGGCACCUGGUCGGCACGGUCUGCGUCCUGCUGUCCUUCCCCUUCAUCUUUAGCCCCUGCCUGGGCUGCGGGCCCGCCACGCCCGAGUGGGCCGCGCUGUUCUACUACGGCCCCUUCAUCGUCAUCUUCCAGUUCGGCUGGGCCGCCACGCAGAUCGCACACCUCAGCCUCAUUCCUGAGCUCGUCACUAGUGACCAUGAGAAGGUGGAGCUGACGGCCCUCAGGUAUGCCUUCACCGUGGUGGCCAAUAUCACCGUCUACGGGACCCAGUGGCUGCUGCUGCACUUCCAGGGCCCCGUGCCCUCUGGUGCUGCCCCCGAUGCCAGUGACCAGCUGGGGCCCCAGGAUGCACCUGCGUUCCGGAACCUGUCCCUGCUGGUGGUGGGCGUGGGCGCCGUCUUCUCUCUGCUCUUCCACCUGGGGACCCGCGAGGGCCGCCGGCCGCCCCCUGACGCCGCGCCGGAGGAGCCCGGGGAGCACAGCCCGCUGCUGGCGCCCACCCAAGCCCGCCCGCUGAUGCUGUGGAAACACUGGCUGCGGGAACCUGCCUUUUACCAGGUGAGUUUUCUGUACAUGAACACUAGGCUGGUGGUCAACCUGUCGCAGAUCUAUCUGGGUCUCUACCUCACCUACACCCUCAACCUGCCCAAGAAGUUCACUGCCACCAUCCCACUGGUGAUGUACCUCAGCGGCUUCUUCUCUUCCUUCCUCAUGAAGCCUGUCAACAAGUAUAUUGGGAGAAAUCUGACCUACUUCAUCGGGCUGCUGCUGAUCCUGACCUUCGCUGCCUGGGUGGCGCUGGCCGAUGUGCAGGGCGUGGCCGUGUACGCAGUGGCCGUGCUGCUGGGCUCGGGCUGCGCCACCAUCCUCAUCACCUCGCUGGCCAUGACUGCCGACCUCAUCGGCCCUCACACGCACAGCGGGGCCUUCGUGUACGGGGCCAUGAGCUUCUCGGACAAGGUGGCCAAUGGGCUGGCGGUCAUGCUGAUCCAGAGCCUGCAGCCGUGCGUGUCAGAGCUGCGUUGCCAGGCCUUUGCCCCCUUCUACCACUGGGCUAUGGUGUCGGUGACGGGGGGCGUGGGCGCGGUGGCCACGCUGGCCCUCUGCAGCCUGCUCGUCUGGCCUGUCCGCCUGCACCGCUGGGAUGCUGCUGCCCAGUCCUGACCCCGCGGACACCCACCCUGCCUGGCGCCCUGGGGUGCCCCACUACCAGCCCCGUGCACCCCCAGAUCGCUGG